AUGAACAAGCUUUAUUUUUCUCAAACAAAUCAAAUGCUUCGUUUAAUUUACAUAAAACUGCCCAAACAAUUGAAGCACAAAGCUUCAUCCCUUACCCAUGGCCACUUCUUCUCAACCUCCUCUGCCAAACCCAUCGCGGAACUCCCUAAUUCCAACGACCCACAAUCUCCAACAGUCUCCUUCCUCCAGAACUCAUGUGGGUUGUCCUUGGAAUCAGCCAUUUCAGCUUCCCAGAAGCUCAACAUUGAGAACCUGAAGAACCCCAACUCAGUUCUUGGCCUGUUGAGAACUCACGGUUUGACUCAGACCCACAUCAGAAACUUAAUUAGCAGUCGUCCACGAUUGCUAUUGGCUGAUUUAGACAAUACCCUUAAGCCCAACAUGGAGUUGUUUGAAUCCCUGGGGAUUUCUAGCACCAGCCUUGCCAAAAUGCUUAGCAACAACCCACAUGUGCUUCCACGUGUGCUUGAAAGUGAUGCAUACACUGUGGUUGAGUUCUUUAGAGCUCAUGGUUUCAGAAACGAGCAAAUAUCAACUUUGACCAUGAAGCGCCCAACAUUGUAUUUACUCAAUCCGCACAAGAUCUUGAAGCCAAAGUUUGAGUUUUUCAAAUCUUUGGGCUUGUCCGGUCCUGAAAUUGCAAAGCUUUUAUCCACGCAGCCUACCAUUCUAGCAAGGAGCCUCGAAAAGCAAAUUAUUCCUUGUGUUCAAGAGCUUAGGCAGAUUCUUGGCACUGAUGAGAAUGUAUUAAAGGCUAUAAAGGCAGGCUACGGGAUAAUUGAAGUGAAUGUAGAAAAAGUGCUCAAGCCCAACAUGUCGAUGUUGAUAAGCCGUGGUGUGCCCCAGUCAUUAGCUUUGAAACUGUUCUUUUUAGGACCAAAAUCACUGCUUAUGACUACCUGUAGAUUUAGUGAAAUUGUUAGUGAAGUUAUGAAAUUGGGUUUUGAUCCCAAUAAACUGCAAUUUGUUAUAGCCAUCCGUUCCAUGGCAAUGAGUAAAACACUGUGGGAGCAAAAGGUGGAAACUUAUAGAAGUUUUGGUUUGUCAAAGGUUGAGAUCUAUUCAGCAUUCAAAAGAAAACCAUUGUUUAUGGCCGUUUCAGAGAAGAAGAUCAAGAAAUCGAUGGGUUUCUUUGUGAACAAACUGAAGAUUAAGCCUUCUCUAAUUUCCAAGAAUCCUAUUCUUAUACGGUUUAGCUUGGAGAAGAGAAUCAUUCCGAGGUGUUCAGUUCUGCAACUUCUGAUUUCAAAGAGGUUGAUCAAGGAAGAUACUAGCAUUUUUCAAGCAGUCAUUAUGAGUGAGAACAAAUUCGUGGAGAAGUUAGUGAGCAAGUAUCAAAAUGAGGUACCUGAUGUUGUUAUGGCGCACCAAGGGAAGAUAGAAUUUCAAGGGUUCCCCAUUGAUUUGAAACAGUGA